CGUUAUAUCAGCAGUGGUCAGAGAGAAGGACUUGUGUCAAUACGUGCUAAUCUUCACUGCAGGCUACUGUGUCUGAUAUCAACAGGCCCUCGAGACACGUCCCGUUCACACCGCGCGCUACCUCGGGCAGUCGGAGGAGCGGAAUUAUUUCUCAGCUGCCAUUCAAACACUCUGAGGCUCCACAGAGAGGAGGAGGAGACGGGGAGGACGCCUCCGUUCAUCCGUCCAUUCAUCAGUCCGCUCAGUGAUCGCUCUCCGCCGCUACCAGCCUGCGCGGAGGCGCGAGACUACACCUCGAGCUGCGGUCGGUCGGUCGGUGGCGGCAGUGAACGACGGUCUCGCGCACAUACCGGUGAGAGGGGGGCAGCUGGGAAGGACGUGGAGAGAAAAAAAGAGCCCGUCUGUCAGUGUUAUUCCCCGGUGUGGAUGUACACAGACACGAGGGGGAGAGAGGACCACCGCCGCCGCUAAACUCUCCCUUUCAGGCUGUGACUGGACGCGUUUCUGCCGAGGGUCCUCCCUGGUUGCUGAUCUGAAGCUCUGGUCCUCAUCUCUGGCCUGAGUGGACAAACGCCCCCCUCAGUGAGGAGCACCAUGACCCAGGAGGGGCAGGCUCUGCCCUCUCCCACCCCACCAGAGAGCCCAGUGGAGCCUAAUGCAACCACCGCCUCCACCACUGACCCGCCCACAGAGAAUCAUAACCAGGCAGAGCAGGACAAACCGGGGGCCGGGACGAAGGACGAGAUAGAGGAGGGGAAACAACAAGCAGAGAUCAGAGAGGGCGAGGAGGAGGCGCAGGGGGAGACACAUGGCGACAUAGAGGGGAGGGCAGAAAUAAAGGAUGAGGGAGGAGAGAGUGAGUUGAAAGAGGAGAAGGUAGAUAGCAGAGGCGAUGAGGAUCAACAGACAGACGGAGGGGCGGAGGGAGAGAGGGAGGGGAGAAGAGAGGAGGGAUGUAGAGGUGUAGAGGUAAGCUCAACAGGGGAGGAGGAAGCACAUGCAGCGGAGGAGAUGAAAGAAGAAGAGGAGGGGAAACAGAAUGAAGGGAUGCAACCAUGUACGGAGGAGGAGGCAACUCAUCCUCAACCAGCUGGGCGACUGGCGAACGGUAUAGGUGGGAACGAAGACGAUGAUGAAGCCGGCGAGGAGGAUGAGGGAGGGGAUGAAGGGGGAACUCAAACACACUUGGACACUUUCAGCUCUAACUUUGAGACCACUGUAGAACAGGCCGACACAGAAGUGGAGGAAGAGGAGGAAGAAGUCCAGAAAGAGGGAGACGGGAGAGAAAACCAGGACAGUUUCAGCUCGGUGUUCGAACAGAUUGUCGAGCAGGUUGACGUGCAGGAGGACGAAGAUGAAGAAGAGGAGAGGGAGUUGGAGGAGGAGAGAGAGAAAGGUAGGGUCGACAACAAAGACGGCUUCAGCUCCACGUUUGAGCGCAUCGUAGAGUCCGCCCUGCUGAGAGGCGGGACCUGCUACAGCAGCCUGGACUCUCUGGACGUGCUGUCACUCACAGAUGAGACAGACAGCUGCGUCAGCUUUGAGGCACCACUGACGCCGCUCAUCCAACAGAGGGCGCUGUUACAGGGCCCUGAACCUCUGGAGCUGGAGCUGGCAACUGUUGAGGAGCAAGAAGGGGCAGAGGCUGGACCAGACGCCCCAGGUGGUGAUCUGGAGCGUGGAGCUGGAGCUGUGGCUGGAGUAGGAGGAAGCCCGCUGAGGACCACCAUCCCAGGUAGCAGGUCAGAGUUUGUGCUGAGCCAGCCUGGACGCUGGGCCAUCCCUAAUGGAUACCAUACAGACUCCCAAGGAGCCAUGGAGGGUUGUGGAGCCUUGCUCAACUCCGUCAGCGAUGCAAACCUCACAGACGUGCUGUCUGACUCAGAGGAGUGCGAUUUGGGCAGUCUGGAGCGUUUGGAGCGCGGCAGCACCGACACUUUGGCCAAUGGCUGUCGAGCCGACUGUGAGGCCGCCAAGAGGCUGGCCAAACGCCUCUAUCACCUCGAGGGCUUCAAGCGCUGUGAUGUAGCCAGACACCUGGGCAAGAAUAAUGAAUUCAGCCAGUUGGUGGCAUCAGAGUACCUGAGUUUUUUUGAUUUCUCCGGCCUGUCGCUGGAUCGAGCCCUGAGGAACUUUUUAAAGGCCUUUCCGCUUAUGGGGGAAACUCAAGAGAGAGAAAGGGUGCUUGUACAUUUCUCAAGACGCUUCUGCCACUGCAACCCACAAACGCCCACCUCUGAAGGUCAGAGCCAUGACGAUGAUGAUGCUGAAAAAGAUGAUGGAGCCCACACAUUAACCUGCGCCCUUAUGCUGCUCAACACUGAUCUACAUGGACAUAACAUUGGAAAGAAGAUGUCAUGCCAACAGUUUAUCAGUAAUCUAGAUGGCCUCAACAAUGGCAAAGACUUCCCCAAAGACUUAUUAAAGGUCCUGUAUAACUCAAUCAAGAAUGAGAAGCUCGAGUGGGCAGUUGAGGAGGAGGAGCUGAGGAAGAGUCUGUCAGAGCUAGUGGAGGAGCAGUGUGAGGGCGGGAGUAAACGUGUUGCCAGGGUAACGGACGGCAGUAACCCUUUCAUCGCCAUCCCCAUCCUCCUCAAUGCCGUCACCUACAAACACGGAGUGCUGACCCGCAAGAGCCACGCCGACAUGGACGGCAAACGCACACCGAGGGGUCGCCGUGGUUGGAAGAAGUUCUAUGCGGUUCUGAAGGGGAUGAUCUUGUAUCUCCAGAAGGAUGAGUACAAGCCUGACGCCGACAUUUCAGAGGUGGACCUGAAGAACGCAGUGCGGAUCCACCACGCUUUAGCCACUCGUGCCACCGACUACAGCAAGAGAGCCAAUGUACUGAAGCUCAAAACCUCAGAUUGGAGAGUCUUUCUGCUGCAGGCCCCGAGUGAGGAAGAGAUGAUGUCUUGGAUCUUCCGGAUAAACCUGGUAGCAGCGCUGUUCUCCGCCCCGGCCUUCCCUGCUGCCAUUGGCUCCAUGAAGAAAUUCUGUCGGCCCAUCCUACCGUCCUCAUCCACCAGACUCAAGCAGGAGGAGCAGCUGCUGAGUCAUGAGAGCAAGCUGAAGCAGAUGAGCCUGGAGCUGGAGGAGCACCGGAAAAACCUGCCUUCAUCCGACCCCAAAAGCCGCGACUGGGAGGAGUACCGCCUCAAAGAGCACUACCUCACGUAUGAGAAGACUCGUUAUGAGACGUAUAUCAGCCUCCUGCAGGCCAAAAUCCGUGCAGAGACGGACGAUCUCGAGAAGAUUGAGGCCAGCGUGAUGGGUGGCCUGAUCAUGGAGGGAGGCCUGGCCGGCCGUGAGUGCCUCCUCCGCAAGACGCAGUCCUCCCCGUCCAUCAGUCAGGCUCAAAGUGGGUUAAACGGGAGGGCCGCUGGAAGCACUGCCCCGGGACAGAGGAGCUGAGUGGGGGAAGGAGGACCAGAGACCACAGCCCACAGAACAACAUCCCUCCAAGCCAAACUAGCGUAACCCUUCAACGUGUUUCCAAGUUUUUAGUUUGUUUUUGUGUUUUGGGCUCCUCCGUUCCUCCCGUUGUACUCACAAUAAGAGAGUGUGCAGCAACAGAAGAAAUGUGCAUCUCUAUAUCCUUCCUAGAAUUUAUCAGCCCUGGUGAUAAGUUUCUGUCCUUGAGCAAUAGAUGACGAAGAUGAAGAGCCCGCCUUUGAUACCUAGCAACUGACUGACCCUGCCAAACCUCAGUUCUUUGAACUUUUAUUAUUGCACAUUAAAAAUGAUCAUAACUGUGAUCACUAUUUAUAACAACAUCAUCAGUAUUAUUUUGCAGAUGUCUUUAGUUGAAUUGUGUUUUUAGUUUCGAGAAGAAUAAUUUAUAAUGUGUUCGUUUAAGGCCGGACAGAGAACAAAGAAAGAGAGACAAAGAGACCUGACAUGAGUGAGCGUUCAACAGCCGUCACCGCUCACAUUCAACAGGUCUGGUUUCCUCUCUGUCCUGUCCUCAUCAGGCAGGGAUGGAGAUGGAGAUGGUGGACAUGGUACUACUGUAGCAUUUUGGCCUGUUUUUACCGCUCACUUUUACACACCCAGCCACUCACAGGUGUGUGUAUGGACCUACAGUGUGAGUGGAGUGGGGAGAUAUCAACAUAUCUGUCCCAGGGUUACAAAAAACUCUCACAACUACAAACUCAAAAGAACUUCUCAGAAGGAUCAAGUCCUUCCCAUGUAUAGCAUAUUUAUUUAUUUAUUUGACUCUCCAACCUUUAUUCACAGCAGGAAGGGUUUACACAAAGUGAGCUUGCUCGUUUUCAGUAAUUACCUUCUUGACGUUCAUACAGUUACAUUCAAACGUGGAUCCGCCCGGAGGAAACAUGGUUUUAAUUGUUCACCAGAGGAACUGCAGGUUGAGUGCCUUACUCAAGGGCACCUCAACACGAGCGAGUGUUAGUUGUCACUUGUCAGAUUUUCCCCCAACAGGUGAAAGAAGGACUUGGAUCAGAAAGAUCACAAGUCUCUUUCUGUGAUUUUUUUAAGAUGCCGCUACCCUAAAUACUGACAUGUAUUUAAUAAUUCUGUUUGUUUUUAACAUUUCAAAGAAGAUAACAGUAUGUGACUGAAUGAAAGCACUGUGCCAUGUUCUGUUUUAUCCUCCUUACUGCUCCUCUUAUGUCAUGACAGAGUGCACUGAGCUGAUAUAUAACAAUAUACUGUAUGGUUUGGUGUGAAGUUUCUGAAAACUGAAAUGAAGGGAAGAACAGGAAAGUGUAGGUGGGUGGCAUAAGAAUGGGUCAGAUAGUGUGUGUGUGUGUGUGUCUGUGUGUGUGUGUGCGUGCGUGUAUGUGCAUUGGCAUGCUUUUUUAAGCAGUUCCAGUUGAGAUGUUGGAAGCUGUACGCAACAGGAAGAAUAUAGCAGGGUCAUGUUUUGUAUGAAGAUUUUCAAAGUGCUAUUGGGCAUGUUUGAUGCUGAGAGACAAUCCAAUGGCCUUCUGCUGAAUGAGACUGCCAUCGCAAUCAGGCCUGGAUCUGUCAAAAGCAUCUUCUGCACAAAGGCAGCCACCAUCCUUGUGACAAAAGAUGUACGUUUACCUCUUGAAAACAGAAAAUGUAACCAAUCUUUACUCUUUUUAACAUGUUACAUGGACCUAUCAUAGCUUGUUUGUUGUAUUGGUGUAUUCCUACCACUGCCAUCAUUCCCAACAGAUGAAGAUGUUUUUGGGAAAGCAGGUCCCUGGCUUAUUUUAGACAGAGACUGGCUGAUUGGAGAGUGUAGCAGCAGGACUGCUCCAGCUUAGCGUGCUAAAGUCAAGAAAACUGUCAGCAGCAUACUGGAAACAGAGAGGGGAACAGCAGCAAAACAACUCCACCAGCAGAGUAGCCAUCAAAACAUCCUCCAUGUGGGUGAGGACGAGCAGGAGGAAAGACUUGUUUUCUAAGAAGAGGCUGGUUUGGUCUUCUAAGUAAGACCGUCUCUGCCCGCCAAGAACAAGGCAAAACGGACACCCAGCACACAUUUUUCAAAAACAACACAUUAGCCUGUUUCUCUUGGAAGGAUGACUUGUGUAAUGGGGAUGUAGUGCGAGGGGUAGCGGUACUGCUGUUUGUGAGCACCUUAAUUGAUCCCAACCCACCCAAACACACACACACCUUUCCUCUUUCUAUGUAAUUCGCUUAUGACACAACUGUAGAUCAGUGAGCGUAGUGCCCCCUCACUUAGCCUCAGCGUGGCACAGAAGCAUGUUGACAUCACCAGAGCUGUGGAUAUCUACAGUAUGAACAAUCAUAUCUGUGGCUCUGGACACAGCGCUUCUGCUGCUUCAUAUAUCAUAUGAAUUGUGACUGAUGGGAUCUGAGAUCCUUUCGGGACUUGGCUGGAAACCUGGAAUUACAGCUGGAAUCCUGGACCCGGAUCCUUGUACAGACCAAAAUGAAAUGAAAUGGAGCUGAGUUUUCAGAGAGGAAGUACCAUUUUAUAAAGCUGUAUUGUUAGGAUAAAUAACUGCUUUCUUACAGGGAGACUUCCCCUUAUAGUCACUUUGGCUGUUGUGCUAACCAUUGUUUCCCAAUGUGCUAGGGUAGGCCUGUGCUGUAAUAUAGGAUUGUGACAAAACAUAUUUGUUGAUUGUUAUGUUUUAUUUAAAAAAAAAUGACAACUUCGGCACUUUGAUGUCAGCAUUGGAUCUGUCUUUUUGUUUGUUUUGUUUGUAUAUCUGAACUGUUUUUGACAGGAUGCUCAUACUAUGUAAAGGACAUAUUUACUGAAUAUUUAGUCUGUGCUUCAUAAAGUAAGCUUUUAUACA